AGGUCAUGAGCCACGGAUCCACUGGAGCGUUCUUGAGCCAUUGUGGAUGGAACUCUAUUUUUGGAGAGGAUUGUGAAUGGUUUGCCCUUAAUUGCGUGGCGGCCACUUUAUGCAGAGCAAAAAAUGAACUCGGUGUUACCAGCUGAGGAUUUGAAGGUUGCAUCGAGUGUGAAAGCGAUCAAAUAUGGGCUAGUGGAUGAAUAUAAAAUUUGAAACUCCAUCUGUAAAUGUAAAUUUUCUGCUUAUAAAGUGGCAAAACAUUGCAUGUGAUGAGCUUCAGGGAAUCUUUAUUGACAAAUUGGGCCAAUUUCCACAGGCCCGCCCUCAUCGCGCUCCAAUUUCGAUGGGCUCGACGAGUGACAAUGCCCUAGUCCCCAGACACAGCCAGGUCGAGAGGUUUUAGAAGCAGCAGGGGGUGCGCUUUUUCGGUGCAGCGCACCAGGACAUGGAGAAAUCAGUGGCAACGCUAGACAAAGGCACGACGUGCUCGGCGUGGAACUACUGUGGGCAGAGAUUGGCCACAGGCUCCGUAGACGGGAGCCUAUCCAUUUUCGACCCGUGUGACCCCGCUUCUUCCUCCUUUUCCUGCACCUCCAAAAUUAAGGUUCAUGAGGCUCGUAUCGUGAAGGUUGUUUGGGUUCCUCCUGAACAUGGUGAUGCAAUAGCCUGCAUUUGUGCUGAUGGGAGUUUAUCUUUGUGGGAGGAAGUGGUAGAAGAUUCACGACCUUUUGAAUGGAAGCUUUGCAAAAGCUUUCCAAGCAAGGCAAUUAAAGUGUUGGAUGUUCAAUUUGGAGUCUUGCGGACAAGUUUGAAAAUGGUUGUGGCAUACUCAAAUGGUCAUGUGAAGGUCUAUGAGCUCUUGGAUCCCUUGGAGUUGAAGAAUUGGCAGCUUCAGGCCGAAUUUCAGAAUACUAUUGAUUCAGUAUCUACAUUUGGGAGGGCAAAUUGCUUUUCUGCAUCUAUUUCUUGGAAUCCACGAAUGGGUGAAAACCAGGAAUUGAGCUUUGUUCUGGGUUUUAAUUCAGAUACACCACAACUGAACUCCUCAAAGGUAUGGGAGUUUGAUCAGGCACAUCAACGAUGGCUUGCAGUUGCAGAGUUGGCUUUGCCCGCAGACAAAAGCGAUCAGGUUUUUGCUGUUGCGUGGGCACCCAACAUUGGCCGGCCAUAUGAGAUAGUGGCCGUAGCUACUCAUAAGGGAAUUGCAAUAUGGCAUCUAGGGUUGAACCCUGACCUGGAUGGAAGACUUUCACUGGAAAAAGUUGCCUCGCUCUCUGGUUUUGAAGGCGAGGUGUGGCAGAUGGAAUGGGACAUGAGUGGAAUGACUUUAGCAACCACAGGAACUGAUGGGAUGGUAAGACUCUGGCAGUCCAACCUGAAUGGCGUUUGGCAUGAGGAAGCUGCAUUUGAUUCCAGUUCUUAGACCUUCUGUGUCUAUAUAUAUUUUACUGGUUUUGGUGGCCAUUUUUCUCUGCUGCCAAAGGGAGAACAUAGUUUCAUUUGCUAUGGUUUCACUGCUCUUUCUUCUCUGUUGUGAUUGGUUAUCAAAAUCUGUUGUACCGUGUAAUAUGUGUUAGAAAAGCGCCAUUCUGUUUGAAAGAAACAGUUUGGAACAAAAUUGUUUUGCUAUUUUGAUGUUUUUAUAAUUAAAAUAUAUUAAAUUUAAAUUAAUUUUAAA